AUGGGAAACAGAGAAGACGAGAGCAUGGCAAAUGCAUCCUCGGUUAUGCUGGACUCUUCCUCCAAAUCACUCGUAGAUGUCUCUUGGCUAAGCAGUCUCCACCAGGAGCCUGCGCCCUGGAUUGAGCCAACAGAGCCUCUCUACCUACCUGGUUGGAUGCAUCUGGAUGCAGCUGAAAAUGCAUGCGAUACAAUAAAAAUUCGAGUGGACGAUGUGUACUAUGAAUUUCUUGCAAGCAAAUACCCGGAAAAUGCAGCAGAAGUUGAGGAGAUAGAAAAAAGAAUUACAAGCAACAGAAAGGCGUGUGCGCAGAUUGCUGCAAUAAGCAAAAACAAAACAGAUGGAGAAGAGAACGCUUCAGUAAUUGUAGAUCUUGUUAGCACAGAAGACAAAAGCGAUGCAAGCGAUGCAUAUGACAGCAAACACAUAGACGAGAGAGAAGAGUCACAGAUAUUAAGGCACUCAGAGCUCAAGGAGGAUAUGGUUUUUUUAUGGGACAGAGAAGCAGCAGAGAAAAGCAUUGCUGCUUACAAUGCCUCUGUUAUAAAGAAUGCAGAAAGAGGCAAAAUUGUGGGUGCCCUUACGCGAGCGUGCGAUAUAUCAGAGAGCCUCACAUCUGUGUCUUUUACACACAAUGUAUCCUUUGUGCAUAUAUGCAAAGAGACUGCAGAGGCUGCGCUUGAGACCUUGGAGGCUGCUCUGUCGAGAGAUGAAAAAGGCUUGGGGCCAGCGCUUAGACUAAAAAAGACGAACAAUCCACAGGAACUACUGGAUGUUGUGCUUCGAUCUAUUUCAGGCAUAGGAAAUGAAGAAAUUCGGAUUCUAAGAAAGACGUUUGCGUCAGUUGCAGAGAUAUCCCAAAUUGAAAAGAUAGAGAGUCUCUCUGGCAUAAAAGAGGACACAAUAGCAAAGAUUAAAACCCUUUUUAAAUAA